AUGCCUUUGAACCUUUCCGCUAUAACCACCAAAACCUCAAUCCCCACAUCAUUCCCAAUUCUCAAAACAAUUCACUCAAUUUCCUUGACAAUCUCCUCAAAAAUAGCCAUUGAAGUCGUUUAUGGCACGGCCGCAGAAGUCUUGAAAAGGGUGGCAACUGCUGCGGAGCAAGAGAUUUGCUUGGCAUGGGGCAUGAGAGAGGACCUAAAGAAGCUUGAAAAGACCAUGUCCACCCUCAAAGCAGUGCUCUUAGAUGCCGAGAAGAAGCAAGAACAAAACGAAGCGCUACGAGUCUGGCUGAGGCGGCUUAAAGAUGUCUUCCUUGACGCUCAGGACGUGUUGGGGGAAUUCGAGUGCGAACUACUAAGAAGAGAAGUGGUGAAGACACAUGGCAGCAUUGGUCGAAAGGUCGCGACAGAGAUAUAA